AUGAAGGCCGAGGGAGGGAGGAGCCCUAAAGGAGAGCCGCCCACGGCGGUGUACCUGCAACUGUACCAAAAGAUAAGUAUCUACUACGAAUGGGCCAUUAACGAAGAGGAAAGAAAGAACAAAAGAAUAUUGCGGAAAGGUAAAACCAUUAAUGAGUUGCAACAAGUACAGAGAGAACUAGUGGAUUUCUUUGAUGAAAAUAUCGACCUCUUUGCCAACCCAUUUCAUUUCUUACAAUACGAAGAAGAAGAUGUAAAUAAAAGUGACUUAAGGAAUUACAUUACAGACAAUUGUUCUUACUUAUUAAUUUACAUGGAAGACAUCGUCAAGUGUUCCGUAAUCCUCAACCGCAAUGCCAUGCGUGUGUGCUCUAUGUUUAACGAGGUUUACCAAAGAAUUCAAAACGAUUGUAUAAAAAAUGAACUGACAAAAUCCGAUUUCAUCUGCGAAGUUCUUAAGGUGUGUAUUGAAAAGGAGAAUUUAAUCCUCAUGAUAUUUUUCAGCAUUUUGAAUUACGUAAAUAAAAAUGAGAGGGUUGGAGUGACCACGAGAUAUGGACAUUUCAGAUCAUCGAAGAAUGAGUACCUCAGUGAGGAGAAGGAAGAGAAUUUCACAGACUUGGAGAGCAGAAAGCGUGCACAUGGGCACGCCGAUGAUGAAACUGGAAGUGCAGGGGAGGAAGAUGACCAUGCUGCUGACGCGGACGAUGAAGACAUGAGGACAACGAGUGGAGCCACUUCUUCGUCUAACAACUCCAUCAGCAGUGUGCGUAUGCCCAGGAGAAUCUCCACAGAUUUUAACUCCACUACGAGAAUUAACGCAGACAGAUUUUCUUUAUAUAUCCUAACUCAACUAACGGAAAACGACUUUGUGGAGAAUAUUCUUUCCGAAGUCGAAAGAAUUCUGAAAUUUCUAAUUAAGUAUGAUGAUCUUUCUUCCCAAAUGGAUUAUGUCUUUAGCUACAGAGCGCAUAAAAUCAACGUUUUGUUCAACCUAGUCGAUAUCCUUUUCUUGUAUUUUUCAAAAUUUCAAGCCUCCACCACACAUGUCACUAGCUUAUUUAAGCUCAUUAACCAUGUGGUCUCUGCAAAGUAUUUCGACUUUGUUACUACUGAUCAUUAUGUCAAGGAACUUGACACCUUGCUAUUUGUUCAUGCGAGGAAGAAGAGGAAAACCUUUUUUAAAUAUUUGAAGAGUGUUCGUAACAAUAAAUUCGUUUCUCAGAUGGAGGAAUACUAUCGCCUGGAUAUGCCUGUGGAUUCCGUUGGACAGAUCGGUCCAGUGGAGACCAUCCCCUUAGGUAACCAACAGACGGGUGGCACUAACCACACCGGCAACAACGGGGUAGAUUCCAUUUUUAGAAAUUAUACCGACGGGGCCGAACCCAAGACCUUUGGCGGUGUUCCGCAAAGUGGAGGAAAUUCCGCGCAGGGCCAUGUCCCGAGCAUUUUAAUAAAUAACCAGGAGAAGGGGAAGGAAGAAAGUGGUAAGGGGGUGGGUACGCAAGGUGGUGCACUAACGAAUACAGGAGGGAGUGCAUUAAGCAACGCAUCGGCGAGCGGAACUGGAAACAUGCCGCAGAACUGUGCAAGCAGUUUUCCCGGUGCGUUUACCCCUCCAAAUAUAUCUCGGGACGGAAGGCACAAGCUGUACGAGCAACAGAGCGACAAGCUAAGAAGCAAUCACUACCUGAACCGGUGUUUAGAUUGUCAGGGAUACUGGUACAACUGCAAUUGUAGCUUAAACGACUUUGACAUGUCGAGCUUAACACUGACGACGCAGAUCAGCUUGCUAAUCAUUCUAUGUCUACACCCAAACGUAGAAAAAUAUGUGUACGAGAAGAAGAAGAACAUCGUCGUGGAAAAUGCCUCACUCAAUAAGGAAGAUGUUAAUUAUCUACUAGAACGCAAGAAGGAAAAAACUAACUUCCAAAAUUUCUAUUACCCGGACUCAUGGAGGUACAACUGUAUGAGUUCGCAUAAAGAGUUGAAGAAUCUGAACAGUCUAAAGAAUACCUACUCGGUCAGUUCCUCCUUCAUUAAGGAAAAUAUAUCGCAUUAUUAUUCUUUCUUUACUAAGAUAAGUGAGGAUGAGAAGCGGAAGAGGAAGAACACGAAAAGCGCGGAGAGGAUGAUUGGGUCUAGACAAAUAUCUGCAGAACAAAAUCUUCAGGGAGAAGAUUUCUGGAAAGGUGGAAAUGUAUCCGAGGGAGGAGAAAAUUCCAUGGAGAUAGAUCCGAAUGUAAUAAUACUACGAUUUGUUGUUAGUCUAUUCACACACAAUAAGGAGGAAAUUUUCUGGGCCAUCUUCGAAGGAAAUUUUUUCAAAAUCAUUUACGAUGUUGUGCUUAAAAAAAUUUCUAGUGCAACUCUUGUUGGUACUCUAAUGUUCCAUCUCUUCCACAUGUUGUUCUCAUAUUCUUUUAUAAAAAAUUCUCGCACAACCGACCUUUGGAAUUCCUUCAUGGAUUUUCACAUAAAGAAGGAUUUUCAAAUUAGGCGAAAAAAAAAGGAGGGAGAGGAUGCAUCUCUGAACAAAGGAAUUCCUCAAAUUGGCAUGGAUCAUUCUUCAAUGAAUCUUAUCCCUGGGGAGGUAAACCAUACAGAUGAGGCUCUUCUCCUUGUCGAUGCAUCUGAUUUUUAUAAAUCCCGAAUGGGGAAUGGUAUUACUUCCUCUACCUCCUCCAGAGGAACAACUGCACAGUACGGAUCACACAAUAUCAUUCAUAUAUAUAAACGGAAGGGAGAGUACAUAAUCGACGUGCUGACAUUUUUGAAAAUUCUUUGCAACAAUUAUCCUCGCAUGGUAAAAAAAUAUGUUUGUAUAUUGAAGAGCAUAAUUAAUAGAUACCACUCCCGGAUAAUGGAGUUUUCGCAAAUGGAUGAAGCCGUUUUCCAUCACGACGUUGAACACCAAACGAAUGAGUAUGCCAUGAGGAAGGGAAGUAACGACUUGGAGCAUCUGUACAACGUCAAGGAAAAUAACUUAGCAAGAAUAAAUGAAGAAAGGAGAAUUAUUAUAAUGAGAUAUAAAAAUUUAAAAAUAAUUGCUGAAGAGAAAAUGAAAAUUUGCUUAGACUUCUACUCCGACGUUUUUGUAAACGUAUUGGACUUUGCCUCCGUUCUAUGUAACAAUCUAUAUGAUCUAAAGGUAAUUGAGAAUGUAGUACUCUGCUUUAAAACACCACUUACGGCAAAUUUAAAUAUAUUUAACCUUACGAAGAAGCUGUACAGUCAGUUUGUCUGUACCUUGAAUGGAAAGUACAACGAAUUUUCAAAAAUUACCAAUCAAAAGAAUAUUUAUGAGAGGACGAAAAAUAACGAGAGAGGUAAUAAUGUACUUCAUUUUUUGGAUGACAGGAAUAUUAUGGGUACGAACAAAUUUAUGGAGAAGGAUUCCUAUAGGAGUGUUCUAAACGGGCGUAUUUUCUCCACUCCAUCUGGGGAUGAUCCCAAUGGCGGAGGAGUAGGUAGUUCUACUACCUUCCGCUCCACAGGAUCAACAUACACACAUGGUGAAGGAAAAACCUCCUUAGGAAGUACAGACAACAGUUGCUAUGUUACCUACCUGCACUACUUUAAAAUAUUGCUUAUUGAAAAACUGUAUGAACAGAACAAUGCCCUUAAGGGCAUUUUGAAGAAUCACCAAAUAUUGGAGUACCUACAGAACAACAACCUUUACCUGAACAAUCUGAUAAAGGAGAAUGCACUUGUGGAGAAACACUUGGUGGAACGGGGUGUAUUCAAGUAUGACCAUGCCAAGUAUGAAGCAUUCUGCAAGAAGCUCUCUCUGCAGAGGGAUCACCACGCGGAAUGCGUACGUGAGGCUAAUCGGCUUCUCGAGGAUAUCACUAUGGGUACCGAGAAACUGCAUCCCUUCGCUGGAUGCAAGUUGGUUGAGAGCGGAGGGGCGGUCACCGCGAACCCCCCUACAACGCCCGCCGCGGCUACUACCUCGACUACUACCAAUGGGGUGAGCAUGGCCAACCAGACCAACCAGACCAACCAGACCAGCCAGACCAACACUGUCACCGCCAACGCCACCGGGGCCACCCCGCUACUAGUGAAGAUCCUCGCACAGGAGAACUGCAUCGACUAUCUCCUGGAGGAGAACAAAUUAACGGAGAACCUGCUACGAGAAAAUAACUUCCUGAAAAGCGAGUUCAAUAGACACAACGUGGUGGAUACGCUCUUCCAAAACAAGAUGGAUGAAGCCCAUCUGGAGGGAUUGAAAACAAUAACACAGAAUGAGUACGACGUGAAGCAGAUUCUAGAAUAUGAGGAGAAGAUAAAAAACAUUAGCAAGAACAAUGAUGGAUCGUAUAACAGCAAAGAGGCUAUAAAAAUAUUUUUUGAGGAAAACAAAAACGCAAUGGAUUUCUUCCUAGACAGUAAGCAUAAAAUUCCAAUGUUUAAGAACGACGACUUGACUGCGAAUAACGAAGACAUUAUGAAUAGAGCAAAGGUUAUCCUGAAAAAUGAACUACAGAGUGAGAGAAAAGGUAUCAACAUCGAUGCGAGGUAUCUUCUCGCAAACAUAUUUGAGCAACACGUGUAUCCAUACAAUUCUUUGAAGAUGCUAGAGAAGUGUCUUCUCUUCCUCUCUUCCGUGAAUAAUAAUAAGCUCUGCUAUUAUCUUCCCAUAAAUAAAAAUCUUCUAAUUGACUAUAUCCUGUUGGAGCAUUACGAAGGGGGCGUCGGCACAGGUAGUGGUGGUGGUACGGUUGGAGGAGGUGCUGGCGUGGGAUCCAAUUCCCGUAGUGUGGAAAGCCUGAAAGCGGAGUUGAAAAAAAGCACGCAAUAUCACCUCGAACAUGAAAACAAGUUAUUUAAAAUAAAAAAUAGAAAAUACAACAAUUUAAUUUCUCUUGUCGACACGGAAAACCUCAUUAACACAACCAAUUUUAAAAAUGUGUUUAUUCAUAAUUUAAAUCUACAGAAUAAGGUGAGUGAAGCCAAGGAUAGGAACAUCAAGCAGUACAGAACCAUGCACUUGUUAGAUAUUCUGUACGAAAUUAUUAAGACUAAGUAUAACUCUCAAAUUGAUAUUAUCGACUUGAAAUGCCUCUGUAUAGAAAUCCUUUGCUCAAGUUUUGUAAAAAAUUCAUCCUCUGCUUUAUCCGUUUUGUGCACCCUUACGGAGAUUUUCCCCGACCUGUUGCUCGAAGUCACUAAAAGAUACAACGAACAGAGCGAUCGCGUUACGAAACACUUCGAGCAAGUGGAUAGGUUAGUUUCUUUGGGACACCUUAAGAGUAAGACACUGGAAGUACUCGCUAGUAACUUCUCCUUUCCUUAUUUUAAUAUUAAAAUAAUUAUCACAUUCAUGAAGUGUGUGAAUUUUUUAAUAUACAUGAUUGGCAUUAAGAGAAAAUUUAACCUCUCCUUGACGCGGGUUUGGCACUUUUUCAAUAACAUUGAUAAGAUUGACGAGAUCGACCGGAAGAUUAGACGCACAGGGAAGAAUCUGGAAGGAGCGAGAGGAAGAGGUGAGGAGCAUGACCCAAGGAAAAAGGGUUACUACUCUGACCAUUUGGAGGAUGUGUAUGGCAGCGGAAAGAAAAAAGGAAAAGGAAAGAACUACAUUUUUUUCGACAUUUUUUAUAACUUUGAUCGAUUUUUUGACGAGCUCUGUACGGAGGAUGAGAAAAGUCAAGGGGAUUGUUCUGCUAGAGAGGAUGGAGACCAAUAUGAAGAGGAAAAUUCGAAUCUAGGCAGAGGCACAGCGAAACGGAAGAAGAAACAUUAUAGUAAUGUAACGCACAUAAGUGGAACGCAGAGCGGUGGUCACCAAAACGGAGGAAGCAAUAACGCAGGAGAAGAAGCAGAAGGAGAACCCGGAUGGAGCCUGGGAGGAAGGAAUCAAAACACGGACCAGCAGAAUGAAGACAACGACGAUGUGUACGAAAAUUGUUUAAAGAAAAAGCUAAUGAUUGACGAUUGUGAAAAAAACGUAUGCAAACAUUUAAUCCUACUUACCAACUACGUUGUCCAAAAUGUCUUUUACAACCUUAUCAACAAUUUUGUUUUAAAAAAAAUAAGAGACAAGAAAUACGAGAAUGAAGAUCAGUUAGAUGAGAAUGUGAAGCUAGAGUUCUUCAUGAACCGUCAGGAGAACUCUCUCUUCAGAAGGAGAUACAAUUACUAUUUGCAAAAAUCCAAAAAUAUAGAAACUCAAAUUAAUAAAUUGCAGAACGAGAUUAAUGUAAACACAACCAAUAUUUUUCAGAUGGAGCAGAUGCUAAGGCAGAACGGAGUUCCUUUUGAACCAUAUGCAUUUGCUCAGCGAAUGCUCAACCAGUCUUUUGCUGACAUUGGAAAUUUUGGAGAUUCUCUUUCUCCUCAUCCUGGUGGUGCGUCGAGUUUGUUAUCUCCUUCUCCUUUUAACCAACAGAACAGUACUCCAGGUGGUUCUACUACAACGUUAUUCAACGAAAGGAACCUCUUCGGUAUUAAUACUUCUCCCCUAUCGACUGGGUUUGGCAACACGGGUACCAUGGGGACCACAAAUGCAGCGUUACCCUUUACAAGAUCAGAUAACCAAACGGGGGUAACCACAUCUAAUUUGGGAUUAUCCGCCACUGGACAAGCCACUCAACAAUCAGGACAGCUAAUGGGAUCAGGUGGCACGGGUAGUACGGGAAACCUCUUCGGAUCUUCAUCCAAUACAUUUCUGAAUAGCUCAACAGGAGGUGGUCUAUUUGGUACACAGAGAGGAGGAACCCUUUCCGCCUCGCCCAGUAUGACAGGAUCAACACUGGAGAAUGCAAGAACAGCGUACGAAUCUUCUACCCGUUGGGCCUCCCCCUCUCUCCCAGCCACAACUGCGCUAGGGGCAACAACCCCUGCGGCGAGUUUCUCUUCUUUCAUGGCAGGUGGGACACUUAACAAAGGAACGACCGUGGGCAAUACGGGUGGCCUAUUCAACACGCCAACGAGCGCCCUACUAACGAACAACAAUGCAAAUAAAUCAGUAGGGGGAUCUUCACUCUUCGGAUCCAACAUGACCUCAUCUACAAGUUUAUUCGGCACUUCCAACACCACAAAUAGUGGCGCAUUAGGGUUCAGUCAAAAUGGAGCUACAUCGAAUAGUGCUUUACUUAGCAAUACGAACAAGCUUCUUGGAAACAGCUCGGGGGGCACAUCAAACCAGAUUCUUCCACAAGGAGGGGCCUCAUCGGGAGUAGGUGGAUUAGGUGAAGUAGGAAGAAAUAUCUUCGGGAGCACGUCAAAUCAAUCGACUGGUACUUCCUUCGGGGGGAGCAUGUCUUCAAACCCGAAUCACCAAUUCAUGCAGAACAACGCAGGAUCUCAAUUUACAACUGCAGGAUCUCAAUUUGCAACUUCAGGAUCUCAAUUUGCAACUGCAGGAUCUCAAUUUGCAACUGCAGGAUCUAGUGGCCUAAACAAGCCCACUUUGUUCACCCCAGUUAGCCAAAAUAGCGUAUUCACUAAUACGUCCUUAUCGUCUGCAAACAACACAUCCAACUCCUUCUUCAGUACCAAUAGGGUUGGAACAAAUGCAUCCACGACUAGCUUUCUCAGUGGAAAUGCAAGUAUGAACAGUUUGUCGAACCCACUUGUACAAAACAACGGAGCCAGCAACCUGAGUAAUGUUUUUUCAUCUAGGAUGGAACAGAAUCAGAAUUCUAACUUUAUGUCUUCACAGAGUACAGGCUUGUUCUCACAAGGGGCAAGCACUUCCUUAAGUAACAACAAUCCCAUGCAGAAUCAGAUGAAUAACCAAUCAACGCAGUCAAAUUCUCCAUUUUCUCUUAUGAACAAAUCUACCACGCUAGGUACUGGCGUCACGGGGCAAACGACAUCGUCCUUUACGAGCAUGUUAGGAGGAGGGACCACAACUUUAUCAAAUAUGAGCGGUGGUAGUAAUUUAAGUGGAGGUAGUUUAUUCGGGGGUGGAUUAUCUGGUACUAAUAACUCACUAGGACAGAACACCUCAGGAAAUUUAUCCACCAUGAGCGGAACGAAUAACUCUCUAAAUCUUUUUUCAGGCCAAACCAACUCUUCCCUUUUGUCCGGUCAAGGAAUUCUCCCAAGGACGGGUUUGUUUGGAAGUGCCAACUCGUUUGGAGGUACCUUUCAGGCAAGCGGACUGAGUGGGUCUAUCCAGAAUGUGGAACAACUUAAGAAUCUAUACGAGGGUUUGAAGGUAAAGACGAACGCACUGUACGCAGAGGUGUACAAGAAUCGAUUAGAAUUGAAAAAGAACGAAUAUAAUCUUCUUAAGGAAAAGAAAAUUCAUGUAAUAAAGGAGAACAAAAUGAGAGAGACCAAGAGUAAGGCAGAUAUAAACUUCAAAGACAGAGAAAUGUACGUUUUGAUAGUACUCGUAUUUAUGUACUUUAAGUUAAUUCUCAAAGGACCAUUACCCCUAAGCGAUAAGAAUAGAAGCAUGAACAGAGUGAUGAAUGAGCGCUUCGAUUUCUCUUGCGAUUUCAGACCUACCAUGUAUCUGUUUGACGAAAUUUUAGGAGAGUCCAACAAAUUCAUGAAUAUAUUUCUGAAUGUAAUUUUCCUAGAUAAUAUUAUGCACGAGGAGAAUCGGGCCCUUCAGGAGAUGAUUCUCAAGUGCAAGAACUAUGUUGACUACAUCAGUUUGUGCAACCAACGCAAGAACCUCUUCGUGAAGAAGGGCGGUGGAAAUAAUCUGAACCCUACUGCUGGGGAGAAGAGUGAUGUUUUUAGUUCAGCCACAUCCCAAGUUUAUUUCGAUAAGAAGAUGCAAUACCUGACAUGUUCCUACUCAAAGGGAUUUUACACCUCCCUCUUUCUGUGUAGGAUGAAGAGCCUAGGGUUGGAUAUUCUAAAAAUUCUCUUCGAAAGAGAUGUUCUGUUCAUCCACAUGUACACUCUAUGGAAGAAUGAAAAAAUGUUACACAGGAAGAUUGAUAAAUUUCACUUCGAUCUGAAUCUGGUGGAUGCCAAUUCUUCGAAGAAUGAAGGCGUCACUUCCAGCACGACAGGGGGAAAGAUACCAAAUGGAGUUGUAUCCGGAUCAACUGCCGGAGGAGCGGGUAGAAGCAUCCCCACAGAAGGAGAGGAUGACGGAGGAGAAAACCUUGCAGGGAAAGAUAUAAGCGUAACCGAAUCAUUGUGCACCCCUAUGUGUGUCCACAAUUUUCUCUUUAAAAACAUCAACGUGAAUUCCAGAACGACUUAUCUCGUACUUUUGUUGAAAAAUUUCCUCAGGACAAAAGAAAUGGACAAGGUCAUCAUAUAUCUUAUCCUACAAAUUUUCGUACGAGAUUGUAGAACCACCAUUAACAUACUUAAAAGAGAUAAGGAAUCUUUUAAUUUUUUGAAAUAUGCCUUGCGUACUAUUUUUAUAUUUCAUCUGAACAGACAGAAAUUUAACAACUGCUACGUUAUUUCGAAUAGGACCAUCCAGAUGGAGAGAAUUGUCCAUAACUUUGUGGACUUACCUCUGCUGUAUUUCCUCCAACGAUCUUCUAACCGUAGUAGAAGCAAUACCCUUGUGAAUGAAAAAACGAGAAGAAGAUUGGCUAAUCACCAGGGGGUGGGUGGGAGUCGCAAUAAGGAAGUGUUGAACACCACCAACUGGUUAUCAUAUUUGAAGAACCAGAGGCAACGAAAUGGCUCCGAAGUGGAGGAAGUGGAUAACCGUGAUGAUGAUGAGGAUGAUGUAUGUGAGGAAGGUUAUCUACAGGAGGGAGGGAUACAUCGAAGGGAGAAGUUUCAAGCAGCUAGGAAAAGACGAAUGGCCAUGGCUAUGCCUAUGACUGGAGAACACCCACAUAGUAGAGCAGGAUUGGAGAAUUCCCGGGGGGGAGGAGAUUCUUAUAUUAAUAAUGAUGAAGAGUACUAUGAUGGUGAGAGCAUCUCGUAUGGGGAUACGGAUCAGGGUGACGACACUGAGGAUGAAUACGAUGGGGGUAAUUACUCAUCGUAUGAUGGAAGGCACCCUCAGGAUGACGACCUCUCUUACGACGACAGCGAGGAGGAUGAGGAUGGAGACGGCCGGAUGAACAAGGACCUAGUCUACAUGAGCGACAAUGUGUACGAAGGUGGCAAAAGCAGAGGAAGGGAAUUAAAAAGGCAAUACAGAUCCGAGCGGCGACGCCUCCAGUCAAGACGGAAAGAGAAAGAACCCCAAAUGGAUGAAGAACUAUUAACCACCUACCGACGACUGAAAUUGAAAAAAAAAAAACAAAUGAAGUACAUGUAUGAUUAUCUCUCCGAUAACGAUAUAAUAGAUACCAUUAAGAGUAAGAAGAUUUGUGUGUUUUACGACAACAAAGAAAAGGAAGAGGAUAAGGACAACCUCAGUUUGUACAACAUAACUUGUGAAGACAGGAAUGAAAACUACUGUAGAGAAGACUACUACAGGGAGAUAAAAUCUAUUGACUCCAAGGUGGUGGGAUAUUGUAGUUCAUACAAUUUUCUCCCUAUUAAUAACUUCUACACCGAGAAAUACGACUUCUUGGAGACCGAGCUUGUACAUGUGAGCGAUCUUAAACUGUACUUGUAUGUUAAAUCGUUUAAGCGGCACGCGUACUUUAAGAGGAUGCUGAGGAUAGAGAAUGCGGUAGGUGGGGGGGUUAGCGAUGGAGCAAGUGGUGGAGGAGAAAAACAAAAUGCACCAAUUAGCGCACCAAUUAGUGCACCAAUUAGUGCACCGAUUAGCGCACCGAUUAGCGCGAGUAAAGGCAACCCCAAUGCCCAGGAGCAGAAGGGAGGGAAACCCCCAAUGAAUCUCAGCAACGACGUGGAAGGUGGUCACACCGCCUCGAAGAACACACAGGAAGAAACCAAAGCAUUCGUCAACCGACACAACAGCUACGACAAAACGGACGAGGCAAAGGAUAUAGAAAAGACAAUCGAGAGAGAAUUAAAAUUCUACGACUUUUUCAACAAACUGAAUAAAUUAAACGAGAACAUGUUAUUCCCAAGCAACUUUCAAGACAACAGAGAUGAUCAAAUGAAGUACUUUGAUCAUAUAAAAAGAACCAUUAGUGCUGAAAAGGAAAUAUAUGGUAAAACAUAUCAUGAGGAGAAUCUCCUUGUUUCCAUAAAGGAUCUGUUAAAGGAGAAGAAGGAAGAAGCAGCCAGAGCGCUCACCACCCAAAUGAAGAAGAAACAUAUCUUACUAAACAACGAAUUGUGUGAAUGGAUAGAACUGAGCUAUCUCGUUCAUGUAGAUAUUGAUUACAAUGAUAUAAGAGGAUUAAACAAAAAUAGAAUCUUGAACAAUUACAGUAAAAUUUCUAUAACAAAACUAAUUCUCUAUUUUUAUGAAGUGCUUACGAGGAAAUUUCUAUUUUUGAACAACACAGACUCAUUGAUUGAGAAUUGUGUUCUGUCUCUACUGGGUCUAUCGUUUAUUCCAGCCAAGCAUAGCGAAAAGAGGAAUGUACUCCCAACCAUGGAAGAGGGCAUGGAGAUGGAACAACAGUGCUUCUUGAACACCAUGAUUGACAGUGUCAUCGUUGAUUUUUCCUCCUUUCAUAGUGUGCGAGAAUUGAUACAUGUGGAUUACCGCCCAAGGGUGGACGAACAGAACGACCAUCACAGUCAGGACGAUGGUAGGGACGAUGGUAGGGACGAUGGUGGGGACGAGGAUGACUACGGACAAGGGGAUGGGAUGAGGAGUUAUGGUGAUUCGCACUUCCAGCAAAUGAACGGUAUGGAGCCCUCAAAAAAACGAAACAAACUCGCCUCCAGGAAUGAAACGAAAAGCGACUACUACAAAAAGAACAUUCACCUGAGUAACCUAAAUAAUUGGAGGCAAUACAACAUAUUCGAAAAGAACUCCUACCUUACCAAGAGUUUGAACAUACUGUAUAUGAUUUUGAAAAACCAGAAAAUCAAGGAGUACGUAAUUUUUUUAAUAAGUAACAUGUGGGUAAAUAAGUUUAAUGUGUUUUAUUACCUCACCCAAAAUGUAGAUAUAGAAAAAUUGAAGGAUACAGAAAAAAUCGUUUUUUUCAGAAUUUCCUUCCACAUUUUAAAUGUGUUUGUUCCGAUCAUUGAUAACAUAUUGAAUAAUAUUGAUAAGCACGUGGAUCAAUUUAUGAAUAUUAAUUUCUCCAUAGGGGGUGCAGAGGGAACAGAGAAAAUGAGCAACGAUAGUUCUACAAUAGCUUCAAGUGAACAACAAUACAAGAAAAACGAGCAGAAAAAAGGACGACAAAAUGUUAAUCCAUUUCAUUCCAUCGUUAAUGAAAAUAAUUUCAAUGAAAAGAAAACCCUCUUUGAAUUCUUGAACCCCAUUUUCAAUUAUGACAAUUCCAAUAAUUUUGUAGCCCAUUAUCUACACAUGAUCAAAAAUUACAACGACAACUAUUUGAAACACUACGUCUAUCAUUACUAUUUGUUUAAUUACGAUUUUGGCUUUCAGAGUUUGUUUAAUUUUUCGAAUGUUGAAUUUUUCCACUAUUUGAAAAAUGAGAGUGGUGCGCAAUCAGAAGGGGUGCAGUUGUCUGUGGAGAGAAACGUUCAUGUUUUGUAUACCAGCAUCAUCAACACGUAUGUUAACUUUUGUGGCGUUCGCGGUGAUCCUCGCGGAAGUACUUACUCAGGGGGGGUGGCCGCUGCGCUCACGCGGAAGUACUACGAUCCAUUAUCACAGGCGGGUGUUUUGAUGGAGAUGGACCCAAAUGGAGUGUCCACUCAGAAUGAAGAAAAUGUGGAAGAUGUACAAAGGAACAAUUGUCUGAACGGUUCAGGUAAAAAUUUCAAUUUUGAGCAUUUGAAUGAAAUUAUAGGUAACAAGACAUAUCUGCGGAGGUUCCUAAGCAGGUACUACCUGAAUAGGAGUUGCUUGCAGGUGGGUGGUGACCAAGUGAUGCGCAAGAGUAGAUCCUCCAAAGGUUCAGCAGGUCGCACAGAUAAACGGGUGCGCAGGCGAAUGGGCAACCAAUAUGGUAACCGGACAGUUGUUGGAGAACGAUCCAAGCAAAAAUAUUUGGAAAAAAGUGUAUAUAUUUUUAACACUCUGAAUUACUUAAACAUCAAUUACAAGAAUUGGCUAGUAGUAUAUAGAACAUACAUUGAAAAGGUUACCUACCUAGUCGACCUUAUCCUAAAGAUAAAGAACAACAGAGUGAACAAAAAAAUAUAUUACCUACAAAAUUACCUGUACAUAAUUAACAAUAUACAGAAGCACCUCAAAGGAAUCACAUCCAUUAUCAAGUCCUCUCACUACAUCAAUUUUAAUAUUCACAUAAGUCCCAUUAUGUAUAUUGUUUACCUGUUUAUCACAAUUUUUUUCUUUUCGCAUAAUAAUUCUUUUGCCUUUAGUUACCUGGCCCGCACCAACCGUGGGCUGAAAAAUCUGCUCAAGGGUAAGAAGAAGGAAAACCUUUCCUUGUGCAAUGGAGAGGGUGAGUCGGAUGCCAAAGGAGAAGACAAAACAGAUGGUGGCGCCGCAGAACCCACAAUGAAAGAAACAACGGGAGGAAAAACCAGCCUACCUGACGAGGCAUACAAAAUUGAGGAACAUUUAAAAUAUCAUAAAAAAUUGAAAAUGUCUAAUUCUUUCUCCAAAAAAAUACUGAACAGAGAAUUUGAGGAAAAUGUAUUGAGACUCCCCAAAAGUGGUGGCGACGCAGAUUUCGAUGGCGGGAGAACUUCAUCGCCGUAUUCCCAGGGAAGGAAUUCCAUCUUCAGCAUUAGAGGUAAUAAUGGCACAGAUUAUAUGCGUAUUUCUGCUAGAGGUAAAUACAACGGAGAAGGUAGCUUCCCAGGGGAAGAGGAAGUGGAAGUGAUUGAAAGGAAUGGAAUAAAAAAAAAAAUACAUUACGACGUACACAGCGAAUAUGCGAAGCUGAUCCUAAGAAGUAAUGAAUUCUUUGAUGAUCUAUUAGAGCUAUUCAUUUUAUUAAUUACAAAGAAACACCCCAUUUUAAAUAAGUACACCAUUAUGUAUAUUUACGAAUGUCUGUACACGCUUCUGAAUAUAUAUCAUUACAACUACAUGCACAAUGGACAAGAGAACAACAUUGGAGAGACGAAAAAUAUGUUCCUCUCCCUCAUGAAGAGAAUCGAUCAAGAUGUUCUUAACGACUUUAUAUGUAACCUUUUUAUGGAUUCCUACAAGAGCUUCAUCACCAACAGAAAUUUCAUCAUUCCAGUUUAUUUUUACAGUAAUGUAUACAAGUUCAUUGAUUACAACACCGAGGUAUUUCUUUACACAAAUAGAGGAGCCUCACCAGUGGAACGCAUGUUAGCAAACUCAGGUGCGAUGGGCAUGAUGGAUGAUGAUCCAUUUGAGGAAGACACCGAUUGGGAAAACGACUUCUCGAACGGAAGGAGGAAUCUGGUUAAUUUCCACUUCAAGGAUCAUCUAAAAAACAAAGUGCACCUGAACAACCGAAGUCUGAACAUAUAUGAAGAAGCCUUCUGUUGCAACUUCUUCUACAAUCGAAACGACCUAAACGUGUUAAGCAUCAACUUAUUAAUUUUCCUUCUGAACAAAAUCGGAAUACACGAGAUAGAUAUCAAGAUAGAUGAGGAAAACAUAAAAAAACUGAUUAAGGGUAAUUUAUUUUUGAUGCACAAUUUGAAGGAACAAAACCAUAAUGACGAGAAAAUUUUACACACAUGCUUUUUACUAAGCUCCCUUUGUGACACGACAUAUGUGAAUGAGUUUGUACAGAAAGCAGAUCUCUUCAAUUUAUUUUUAAGUAGCAACAUUUUUGAUAAUUUAUAUGAAUAUAAAUUUAAUUACCUCUGUUCAAGUAUUCCCUUUUUGACAUUUCCUACGAACUUUCUAGAUAACAAGAAUAUAUAUCUGCCUCGUCCUUCCCUGAUCAUUUCGUAUGUAACUGUUAUUUUGAAAAUAGUCGAUAAGAAAGGUUUGCACUUGUUCAGGUGGAUUGGAAGUUGGAUUAUAAAGAACAUUCACAUCUUUGUGAAUCACUUGAUCGUUAAUAAUUAUUUGAUGAAAGCGAAGGAGAUAACGCACGAGGUGAAUAAUUUCACCACUUAUAAUCACGAGCUCGUGUAUAAGUGCCUGUGCUACGCCUCCACGUGUAACUUUGCCAAGAAGAAAGACGGGUCCUCAGACAGUGGAAACGAUACAAACGGUGUGAACCGUCCAAGUGAUCGUUGCGACAGUGGCGAAGAGAGAAUCGGCACAUGGACGCAGGGGAGACAACGCCAUGCAGAACGCGACUGGCUAGGAAAUCAACAGAAGAACAAAGGCAAUUCGGAGGAAUUUAUAAACCACACAAACAUGGGCGUAGUCAAUUUGGAUAUAAUAUACGCCAGUACCUACUACUUGCUGAGGCUGUACAAGAACUAUCUCCUCUACAUACACCAGAACUACCUGACCUUGAAGAAGCUGAAAAUAAUGAAGACGAAACGGGGUACUAAAGGACCUACUAGCAGAAGUGUCGGUGUGAAGAAAAAGAGAAGUGGCAACGAAGGGAUGAUGAUGAUGAUGAGGAGGAAAGGGUUGAUUGAAUCGGAUGAUGAUGAGGGGGUGGAUCAAGAAGGAGAAAUUAUGGAGGAUGGUUCAGGGGAAAGUAGCGAAGAUGGUGCGAGUGAAAUUGACAGCGCAGGAGAGGAGGGAAACCACCAUACUCUUGGAAGAAUAAAUCAAAGGGGAAGUAAACAUACAAUGAAUGUUCCACAAGGGGAGGCCUAUUACAACGGCCAUUAUAAUUACUACCAUGGAAGUGAGCACCACACGACUCAACAUGGUUCCAUUCAUCAGUGUGAUGAACUGAGUAGAACAAGUGGAAGAAGGAUGAUGACGAUGGGUUCUUCCCCCCCAAUUAAAAACUACAAUUCCGCAGUUGAUAACUUAUUUAUGGAAAAGAAAGUUCACAGUCAACCAAUGAUGUAUCAACCUCACGUGGAGAAGUACACACAACAUGUGUCCAAUGAGGAGGAAGGUGAAGAAAACGUUCCAUUCGCUGCAACAUUGGGUGAAACAUUCGAUACGUUGGAUGCAUCCCUGGAUACAGCGCUAAAGUUCGAAUACAACGAAAUUUCCUUAAACAUAUGCAACCUAAUCAAGGAACACAACUACAUUCUGAAUUAUAUUAAGGAUCUUCUAAGUAUCCUGUCGAUUUUUGUAGUGUAUGACAUAAGUUUGAACGAUGAAAAUGAAUUAUUGAACGAAAAUUUGAACAAGAGUAUGCUAGAAAAGCGAAGAAAAAAUAUAAGGACACAUCGUAUUCUUCAAAAUAUCAUCCCAAAAUAUUCUAUAAAAUUCCAUUGUAUUAACUUAUGUCUAGAUAUCAUUGAAUAUGACAUCGGAUUGUAUGAUGAGUAUGUCCAGGAAUCGAAAACCAAAUAUUGUGAGUACAUAAAAAUAAUUUUAAAAGUUUUCAUGAAUACCUGUUUUUACUUCAUAAAUAUAAUAAAGUUUGAAAAUUUUUCUAUGCUGAAAAGUGUUUCCUUGGCCAUGAAGAAAUUAACAAAUAUCAUUUACUUUUUGUUGAACAACCUCACUUCGAAGGAGAAGUGUCCUGAGCAGAAUUUCAUGCUUAACUGGUUGAUCUAUGACAAGACUGAGAGAACAGGUGCGUACCAUGCGGAGGGCGCUCAGAGCGAUAUGAAUGGAUCCAAUUACCCGCCCCAUCAGUCGUACCAAACGAACCAAUACGAAAUCAACACGGAGCUAUUUAACGCAGACUACAACCUCUUGGGGGAGAAGAAAAAUGGAGUAACCACCUCCACUGGCACAACAGCAAUGAACGGAGGGGCGCCAUCUGCUACCGCAGAGAACGUGAAGAAAUUUUUCGAAAACAUAGAAAUAGAUAUUCACGUCAUGAAGAAGAUACUUACGUGCGUUAUCUACUUCACCUACGCCAUGCUUAACAAUCAGAAGGUCAACCAGAUUAACAUCGAAAGUAUCAACCUCAAACAUAUCAACCGUAUCGACUUGAAGAAACUUGCCAACUCCUACCUGGAAAAGAAUAACAUUCUCAAUGUAUUCACUUUCAUUCUGCAACGCUCCACGCAGAUCUACUACCUUAUCUAUAACUACGCGACGGCGGCGUCGAAGAGAUAG